GGGGGCUUUUGAGUUGGUCUUUCUCGUGUUAAUGUAUAUCUGAUGAUUCAUUUAUUGAUCUGAAGAUUUACACAUUCGUGAAAUUUAAUGAUGAAAACAAUAGGUGUUCAGGUGCCAAAACCACCUUGUUUCUUCCUUCACUGUCGUGUAUUGAUGGGUGUUCAACUGUUCUUCUUCUUCUUCUUCUUGCUUGCGGGAUGUUCUGACAUCACCAAAUCCAGUGUUGUACGUAAGGUUGAAGGCUCUCAUCAAUCUGUUACGCUGCAACAAAGUGAUGACAAGGUGGUGAUGGAUAAUGGGAUUGUUAGCGUUACGCUGACACGGCCAGAUGGUAACUUGAUUGGAGUAUCAUAUAAUGGGAUUGAUAAUCUUCUUGAACCUCGCAAUCGUCCUGAUAAUAGAGGGUAUUGGGACUUUUCUUGGAACCCACUGGGUGACCGCAGUAGCUACUACAGAUUCAAAGGGACAACGUUUUCCGUUAUAAUGGAGAACCAAGAUCAAGCUGAAGUUUCUUUCUUAUACACAUGGAAUUCUUCCUUGCCUGCAGGAAACAUCCCAAUGAAUGUAGAUAUAAGGUAUAUUUUACGCAGAGGCAGUUCAGGAUUAUAUUCAUAUGCCAUAUUGGAGCGUUCAGAAGAUUUUCCAGCAAUUCGGGUGGAUGUCUUUCGGCUCGUUUACAAGCUCAGCCAAGACCUGUUCCACUACAUGGCUAUAUCAGACGAAAGGCAAAGAGAAAUGCCCACCGCUAAAGAUAGAUCCAACGGCCAAACCCUUGAUUAUCCGGAAGCUGUCCUCUUAACCCAUCCCAGCAACUCUGAUUUCUUAGGAGAGGUGGAUGACAAAUACAUGUACUCGGUGGAGAACAGAGACAACAAAGUGAGCGGAUGGGUCACUUUUAACAGUACCAAUUCAUCAUCAGUUGGGUUCUGGAUGAUUACACCUUCCAACGAAUUCCGUAACGGUGGACCUACCAAGCAAAGUCUCACCUGUCAUGUUGGCCCUGUCACCCUCAACUCUUUCCUUAGCCCGCACUAUGCUGGGAAGGACAUGUCCAUGAUAUUCAAACAAGGCGAGUCCUACACGAAGGUGUUCGGCCCCACUUUUCUGUACCUCAACACUGCUCCCAACCCCCGUGAUUCUCAAACUCUCUGGCAGGAUGCUAAAAACCAGAUGCAAAAGGAAGCUGACAGCUGGCCGUAUGAUUUUCCUCAAUCAAAAGAUUUCGUUCCACCAAAUCAACGGGGAAAAGUGUCUGGACAAUUACUCAUCAGAUGGUACGCUACUACAGGUGAUGCGUCAUUUAGCAUUAGCAAUGCUUACGUUGGCCUGGCCCUGCCAGGAGAUGAAGGAUCAUGGCAAACAGAGAGCAAGGGUUAUCAAUUUUGGACCCAACCUGAUAACAGCGGCUUCUUCACUGUACAAAAUGUUGUGCCUGGGAACUACAACCUCUAUGCCUGGGUCCCUGGCAUUCUUGGAGAUUACAAAUAUCAAUUUGUCAUUACCGUCACUCCAGGAGAUGACAUCCAGUUAGGUCCAUUAUAUUAUUGGCCUCCAAGAAAUGGUCCUACCGUUUGGGAAAUUGGGAUUCCUGAUCGAUCAGCCCAAGAGUUUUAUGUGCCAGACCCAUAUCCUAACCUUGUUAACAAGUUAUACUUAGGGAAGCCUGAACAUAGGUUUAGACAAUACGGCUUGUGGAAACGUUACGUUGAAUUAUAUCCAACCAAUGACCUCGUUUACACUGUUGGUGUUAGUGAUUAUUCCAAAGAUUGGUUCUAUGCUCAAGUUCCCAGGGACCUGGGAAAUGGCACGUACAUUUCAACAACAUGGGAGAUAAGAUUUGAACUCCCAUUUGUAGUCAGAGGAAGUUACGCACUACAUAUUUCCUUAGCGUCAGCCACAAAUUCUCGCUUGAUUGUUUCGUUCAAUAAAGGUGCGAAUCAUCACCAGCGGUUCAACACAGGAUUAAGAGGGGAGGACAAUGCGGUAGCAAGGCACGGGAUUCAUGGAUUGUGUUGGAGGUACAGCAUGCAAGUACCAAGCUAUUUGCUCGUGAGAGGAACCAACACCAUUUACCUCACACAACCCAAAGCUAAAUCGCCUUUUGAAGGAAUUAUGUAUGACUAUAUCCGCUUUGAGAGUCCCUCGCUUUUUGGGUCUGGUAAUAAUAAUUAAUUAAUUUCUAGUUUCUAGAAUUACUUAUAAUAGGAUGCGUGUCUCUGUGUGAUUUGUGUGUUCUUUUUUUGGCCAAAAGCUUUGAUGUUUGUAACUUCUGGCCUUGCAUGAUUCCGAAGCAGUUUGUAAGUCCCGUGGUGCACUGACCGUGAGAAAUGUUGCAUUGUUCAUGGCUCAUGAACAUUGCUUAUAAUUUUUAUAUGAUAGAUUUAUGCAAAA